AUGUCAGUGGUCCCAACUGGAAACCAGGCCAUUGACAAUGGAAUGGAAAAGAAGAGGCCAUAUCUGAGAGAGGAUUUGGAGUGGAGAUACUACCACCUGCUUAUCUUCUACCCUAGAAAAGGGCGUCAAAAGCUAAAUAUACUCUUUCACCCCUUCAUCCAGCAGUCUUCUUUUGGUUCACAGAUUGCAGGAUCUCAUGAUUCCUUCAGCUUCUACAUUGAUGAAGCCUCUCCAGUGGGGCCUGAACAGCCAGAAACUGUCCAGAAUUUUGUCUCUGUGUUUGGAACUGUGGCGAAAAAGCUGAUGCGGAAGUGGCUAGCCACUCAAACCAUGAACUUUACUGGUCAGCUAGGAGCUGGGAUCCGUUAUUUUGAUCUUCGAAUUUCCACCAAGCCUAGAGACCCCGACAAUGAACUCUACUUUGCUCAUGGUUUGUUCAGUGCCAAAGUCAAUGAAGGCCUUGAGGAGAUCAAUGCAUUCCUCACAGAUCACCAUAAGGAGGUAGUAUUCUUGGACUUCAACCACUUUUAUGGGAUGCAGAAGUAUCACCAUGAAAAACUCGUCCAAAUGCUGAAAGACAUCUAUGGAAAUAAAAUGUGCCCAGCGAUUUUUGCCCAGGAAGUGAGUCUAAAGUACCUGUGGGAGAAGGACUACCAAGUGCUGGUCUUCUACCACAGUCCAGUGGCUCUGGAAGUACCCUUUCUCUGGCCUGGGCAGAUGAUGCCAGCACCUUGGGCCAACACCACAGACCCGGAAAAACUGAUCCAGUUUCUUCAGGCAUCCAUCACUGAGAGAAGGAAGAAGGGAUCAUUUUUUAUAUCUCAGGUGGUGCUGACCCCCAAAGCCAGCACCGUGGUCAAAGGGGUGGCCAGUGGUCUCAGAGAAACAAUCACAGAAAGAGCUCUUCCUGCCAUGAUGCAGUGGGUCCGCACGCAGAAGCCAGGAGAGAGUGGCAUCAAUAUUGUCACUGCCGAUUUCGUAGAACUUGGUGAUUUCAUCAGCACUGUCAUAAAGCUCAACUAUGUCUUUGAUGAAGGGGAAGCCAACACUUGA